AUGACACCAACCCAUAAAUCAAACAAAACAAAAGAAUGCAAAUGUUCUGUUUGCAAGACAAGAUUUGAAGGAUCAGAUACAGUGUCUGUACAGACAUUUAAUUUUCAUAAAAGAAGAGAUGAUGCUGGAAUAAACAUCUUUCUGAUUAUUAAGAGAUCAGUCAAAACUAAUGUAAGCUAUGUUCCUGAAGUUAUCAACAAUGAUGAACAGAACUCGGUGGCCAUAGACAAUGAUUAUGAUAUGGAUUAUGACUUUGAUGAAUCCGAUGCUGUCUUUGGUUAUGAGAAUGAAGAGUUUAACUCUGAUCUUGAUUCUGACAGUUGCAAAGACGAUUCCAGUGAGGAUGACAUGCUUGAUAGUGAAGACAACUUUCCUGAAUUCAACUCAGAAUUGAGUCUCAUCUAUCGUUUUAUUGUACAGGUCCUUGCACUCUUUGUAUCCUUGUACGUCAUCGAUGAAGGUGCCAUUCUUCUCAUUGCCAUCAUGAACAAAAUACUUGAGCUUUUCAGAGAUCCAUUCCAUCUCCCAGUUAGCAUCCCUGGUCUCAAAAGCAUGGCAGGAUUCAAUACCUUUACAGAUGGUAUAAAGAAAUAUGUUUCUUGUAGCAAAUGUCACAGCAUAUAUGAGAACGAUGAAUCAACACCCCACUUCUGUAUCUUUGAUAAAUUUGGGAAUAACUCAAUGUGCGGUACAGUCAAGAGGAUGAUGAAGAAAUGGGUUGCAGAUGGUCUAAUUGACAAUAAAAAACUCGUUGCCAUGCAGAAAAUCAUUGAAAACAUGACAUUGCCGCCUGAUUACACCAUGCUAAGAUCAAAGAUUUCAAAGGGAUUUCCCUUUAUGAAGGCAGACGAGUGGAAAUCGUGGUGUCUGGUAUACUCUCCAGUGGUUCUACAAGGCAUACUACCAAAGCAAAAGUUUGAGAAUUGGAUGUUUUUUGUGAAUGCCUGCUGUUUCCUUACCAAGCCAAAUGUUUCCGAAGAUGAUGUACAGUCAGCACACAUAGCACUUGAGAAGUUUGGUAAAGAUUGUGAAAGGCUGUAUAGCAAGGAUCUGUUAUCUCCAAACAUGCAUCUCCAUCUUCAUCUUCGCGACACAAUCAAGGACUUUGGGCCUGUUUAUGGGUACUGGCUCUUUAGUUUCGAGCGAUACAACAGUGUCCUAAAGAAUAUCAAUACCAACAGAAGGAGUGGCUUUGAAAUGACAUACAUGAAAACAUUCAUUGAAGAUACCCAUAAAGGCGAUUUUGUUUGCAAUUUCUUGAAGACAUCUGGUCUAUUCAAUUUCUCUGGCAUCUUCGAUAAAUUGGUAACUGGUUAUAGUCCUGCUGAUUCUACAACUAGCACCACCUUGUACAAUUGGUUCUCUCUACCAGACUUUCUUGAUGCUGCCAAAAAUCCGAACUUGUCAAUUCGUGGAUAUUACCAAGCUGUUUACAACUAUCCCACCAUCUCCAGUUGCAAAGACGUGAUUCAAGAUACAGCUUUCGUCAAUGACUGGAUUGAAACGCUCAAAUCCGUCAACCUCCUUGGCCAGACAUUCAAGGGAAGUAGAGGUACGAAUGGAAGAGGAUCAUGUAUACAAGCAAUGUUCAUAGAAGGUCGAAACGGAGCAAAGUAUGCAUAUGUUGGAGAGAUUCAGUACCUAUUUGUUCAUUCAUUUAGUCCACUUGUUUCUACUCCACAUCACAGAACACUCCAAAGUAGCCAACAUACAUUUGCUUAUGUAAAAUGA